CAGGGCCGGUUCUAGGGAUGCUGGGUGACAUCACAAGGGGCUUCGUGAGGCAACAGGAUGACGCGCUGAUCUGGGGCGGGAAGGAAGACAGGCGAUGACGUGGCGCGAGUACGUCACAGACCGGCCUCUCGCCUUCGCCGUUGCUGAGUCACGGCUUCGCCCCUAACACGGCCCCUGCAUUGGGCGCUCUGCGCCUUUACAUCAGGCCGCGAUGCCAGGCGGGCGCAGGAGGUUCCCAUGGUAACCAUCAGGGGGCGUUUGUUCCGAGGCCCGUUGCCCUCGCGAUGUUUUAUGGAGGAAGUGACGUUGGCAGCGUAGUCUCGCGACUCCCGAAGUGGCCGCUGAUUGGCUGGGUGGUGGCGGCGUCGCUCCGGAGCCUCCUUCCCGCGUCCCCCCGCCGCUCUCGGCCCGGGCCGCCUGCCCGCCCUCUCCCCCGCCCCGGAGAGCUGCGGCCGCGCCGAGAGCCGCCAAGAUGGCGUCCGCUCUGGAGCAGUUCGUCAACAGCGUCCGGCAGCUCUCGGCCCAAGGGCAAAUGACCCAGCUUUGUGAAUUGAUCAAUAAAAGCGGGGAACUACUAGCAAAAAAUCUCUCCCAUCUGGAUACAGUGCUUGGUGCCCUGGAUGUGCAAGAACACUCCUUAGGGGUUCUUGCUGUUUUGUUUGUGAAGUUUUCUAUGCCAAGUGUCCCUGAUUUCGAAACAUUAUUCUCGCAGGUCCAGCUUUUUAUCAGCACUUGUAAUGGGGAGCACAUUAGAUAUGCAACAGACACUUUUGCUGGCCUCUGCCACCAGUUAACAAAUGCCCUUGUGGAAAGAAAACAGCCCCUGCGAGGAAUUGGCAUUCUCAGACAAGCCAUAGACAAGAUGCAGAUGAACACAAACCAGCUGACCUCAAUACAUGCUGAUCUCUGCCAGCUCUGUUUGUUAGCAAAAUGCUUUAAACCUGCCCUCCCAUAUCUAGACGUGGACAUGAUGGAUAUUUGUAAAGAGAAUGGGGCAUAUGAUGCGAAGCACUUUUUAUGUUACUACUACUAUGGUGGGAUGAUAUACACUGGGCUAAAGAACUUCGAAAGAGCGCUCUACUUUUACGAACAGGCAAUAACUACUCCAGCCAUGGCAGUCAGUCAUAUUAUGUUGGAAUCGUAUAAAAAGUACAUUCUAGUUUCUUUGAUACUACUUGGCAAAGUUCAACAGCUACCAAAGUACACCUCUCAGAUAGUGGGUAGAUUCAUUAAGCCCCUUAGUAAUGCGUACCAUGAAUUAGCACAAGUUUAUUCAACCAAUAAACCAUCGGAGCUCCGAAACUUGGUCAACAAACAUAGUGAAACAUUCACCAGAGAUAACAAUAUGGGGCUGGUUAAGCAGUGCUUGUCAUCUCUUUAUAAAAAGAAUAUACAGAGGUUAACCAAGACAUUUUUAACCCUGUCAUUACAAGAUAUGGCAAGUAGAGUGCAGCUAUCGGGGCCCCAGGAAGCAGAAAAAUAUGUCCUUCACAUGAUAGAAGAUGGUGAAAUCUUUGCAAGUAUUAAUCAGAAAGAUGGUAUGGUCUGUUUCCAUGAUAAUCCUGAAAAAUACAACAAUCCAGCUAUGCUUCAUAACAUUGAUCAGGAGAUGCUGAAGUGUAUAGAGCUUGACGAACGACUGAAAGCCAUGGAUCAAGAGAUCACUGUGAACCCUCAGUUUGUGCAGAAGAGUAUGGGCUCUCAAGAAGAUGAUUCAGGAAACAAACCUUCAAGUUAUUCUUGAAAUUAACAUUGGCCACUAUUCUGUUUUAAAGUAAAAGCUAAAGAAAACCACCUUUUGGACUGGGCAUUGAAAAGUCCUAUGAAGAGAGCAGAGAGAACUGAGGCUUUCACCUGGACAUAUAGAAAAUAAAAUGACACCUUCUCAGUACUGUAUGAUUUCAAAAAUAUUCUCUGCAAAGAAAGGAAAUCUCAAAGAAAUUUUAAAGUCUGUUGUGGAUUUAUUUAUCUUCAGAUUAACAUCGUUAAUGCAUUAAAUAAUCUUCCUUUUGUUUUAAA